AACGGUGUCACAAACUCUCCUCUGAUCUUAUUCAUAUCAUCUGCGGUCCUGCUACGGUGCUACUCACUAACAUGAAACGACACUCCUUCGAGCAUCGGAGACUUUCCUUCCAUUUAUAAUCUGUCUCGAUCUCUCCGUGUCUGCUGUGCUCUCCUUCUUUACCACGUUCCACGCUGGACUGCUUCUCGAUCUUCAAGACCCUCCAGCCUUUCCGACUUUGCUGCAGCUGAUAACUGGUCUCAACCCUCCUGUAUCUUCUACUUGGGAAUAAGUGUACAGUCUUGCACAUCUGGCUUCUGCAAUGGCCUUCGUCUCGUAGAAUGCAGAUUUCAGUUCGACGUCGGCGAGCCCCAAUGGCACUUCUCCAGUCAUCAUGCAUGGGGGUUGACAAUAGUGUUGACUUUCGUCACUUUUUUCCAGUUCUACAUUACAGCUAGUGAAGUGGCGUGGCCUGCCACUUCCCGUGCUUUACAAUCAUGGUCCCUCGUCGGAUAACGCUGCGAAGACCGUAUAUCGUCGUCUUCAUGAAAUUCAUCAAAGCCGCCAGCUUCACCGACGUGUGUUCGGAGCUGGGGGAGGGGGUUACAAAUGUGUUCUCGCUUCUGCGACCGCUCGUUUAAUUGGAGUCUCACACGAUGUCGAUCACAUUCUCGGCUGGUUGGACUCUCUAUUGCACCAAUCACCUGGAGGCGACAGGGAAGACGUCAUUGCGCCUGAAGACGAGAAACUCUACGUCAACUUCAAUGCCGGGGUAAUCGCAUGGCACGAGGUAGACAGAGGGCCAUACGAGAGCGCCGCGGCAGCGCUUGUUGCUCCGGCUCAUCACCAACUGCCGUAUCUGAAAAGGUUUGGGCAGCAUGCACUCAAGACUACGCGUGAGUACAAGAAGCUGCCGCCGUCAGAGCACAUGGAGAAUCCGGCACGCUCCCUUCUGGUGGCACCCUUGUUCCUUCCCACAGAAUCUGCCUUCAAACGUCUCUAUAUCCGCCAUCGCCGAGUAAGGUGAUCGUGUCAAGAUCGUUGGGCUGCAAGUAGCUGAAUUCCACAAACGUUGUUGACGGGCAACACGCCUCGACUCUACGACUGGGUCUUCUGGCUGUGAUACCAAAUCGUGUCCAACACUACGGCGGAUCCUGGCCCAAAUCACAUGUGCCUACCCUCAUUGCCGACGGAUUGGAAUGGCUGAAAACGUUGUCUCGGUUCUCUACGUUACGUUCAGGACUCGGCAAAACACAUUGAGCUCCAUCAUGAUGCGGUGCCCAACGCCACAAAAAUGUUUUUUGCCCACAUGUUUGCUACGGCCGAUCCUCACUGGAGGGCAUGAAUCACGCGCUGAUGGCGGUGCUCGUAGAGGUAACGGGGAUCUCGGCCAGAAUGCAUGUGCCCACCUGCAGCCGUGUCUCGACCCCGAAGCCAUUCACAAGAAAGACUAGGGAGCUCCAUGCGAGUCUCUUUCCAUUGGACGAAAUUUUCCGAGCGGUUCGAAUUCUGACUGGAUUCAAGAAUCACACCUGGGUCUUCGACGAAUUCCACCCGUUUUGCCGACGACCGCCUCGAGAGACUGUAUCCGAUUGUGCUGAAGCCCAUGGCAGAGAGCAAAUCCGGGGCCCUGAAUGCGCGCUGGGUGUUGCGCUAUAUGCAGGGAAUGGAGCUACAUAUAAUGAUCAUUCUCGUGAGGUUCACUCUACGAUUCACAUCUUGGUUUCGCAUGUCUACUUUCUAUUUGUCACUUGUAGCACUUCUUUUUGUCAUCUAGCUUUCGCAACUCGCCGUGUUGUUUCAGUUGGCUGUUGCAUAGAACCAACGAAUGCGCUGAUAUUUCUCCGAAAAGCAAGCACCGUCGAAGUUUGUGUGUAAUGUGCAUUUCUCACUAACUCGGGCUGUUCUAGUUCUCUGGCCCAUACAUUGAUCUGUAUGUCUGUCUACCCUACCUACAUAGACAGUCAAAGUAAGUACAUACACAUCCAAAUGGUCCGCACAACAAAAACGUUCAACACAAAGGAAUACAUGGUUAACUGAGAGAAUCUUCACGUCUACGUGGACUGCCAUUUUCGGUCGAGGAGUACGAAUUUUGGGAAGAGCUUGGACGUGACGGUGAGUGGACCGGGCCGUUGCUGCUGGACGACUGCGAGAAUCCAUGCGGGGGAAUCGCCAGCGGGGGAUACGAUCCCGGCCGGAACGUGUCCAACUCGCGUCUCAGGACCUCAAUCUCGUGCGCCAUAUCUUGGUGGCUUUGUUUUAGCUGCGCAACAAAGUCGAUGGCUGCAGGCUAUGAGUGCGACAGACAUCCAGCCAGAGAAAACAACAGACCUUUGCUCAGAAUCUCCCAUUUGCUUGCCUUGAGACCGCGGUCAGCGGGGAGCUGUUCCCGCAACUCGUCGAACAACUCCUUCAUCUCCUUGCGUCUUUUCCGUUCGGCCAACUUAUGCGAGACGCGAAGUUCAGGAGACCGCGAGUACGGUGCUGUCCCGAUUUCCUUAGGUCCCAAUUUAGCCGUUGUUGGAGGACUGGAAUCGUCCGGCGAACCAUGGCUAGAAGCUUCCGCAUUGGUUUCUGGCGUGGCGAACGGGAGCGCUGAUGUUUGACCGACGGUCCACUCAAUGAGUCCGUGAUGGACAUUCGCCGGUCGGGAGGGAAAUUUAUGGGAGGGACCACGAUAAUCCCAGAUUCUUUGCUCUUAGAAGCUGCAGGCAGACUGCCAUCUGUCUCGUUGUAGAAUCCACCCGGUGAAUCAGAAGGACGGGAAGGCCAAGAAAACGAGGCUAUGCUGGGCGGUGGACGUCCGUGCGGCGACUCAUUCUCGGAAAAACGCGAGCUAUAGCCGCCGACACUGGAUACGCUCGAGAACAUCGACGAGGUGGAGCUUCGCCUGUCAUUUGGCGACCGCCACUGAGAGCCACGCGCGUCCAGUGAGUCACGUCGAUCAUUGAGGCUUAGUUGGGCGAUACGCUGUGUGUCGAUGGCCGAGCCACGGCGCUUAGGCGCCGGUGCCUCGGAAUCGACGUCCAUUCCGCCCGAUGCUCCAGCUCCUCCAUGCUGGACAUCGCCUUCCUCGCCCACUGCGGGAAAGGCGGAAGGAUCGGCAGACAUUUUGCGUUUGAGUCCCUGGGGUGCGCCCAGGCGAGACGGCGACCGCGUGUGCGUGUCUUGUCCGACGGCAAUGGAAUGCCGUCUCAUGGUGUAGUCGAAGGGUGUGUGGGAUUCGUGAGACAUGAGCUUCGCUCGGGCGGGAUGGGGUGCAGUCGGUGGAUGCUGCUCAAUGGCGUCGACGUUCAUGGCGUCUGAGGUGUCAUUCUUCGGUGUUCCUGGGACGCGCUCAACCUCCCACAGCACACGUGGGCUAGAUAAACUCUCACCUGAGCCACGGAAACUCCCAGCACUCGAAAGCACAGUAUCCCGAGAAUUGGGGGAGGGAGAUCGUAAGAGCUUCCGAAGAUGGGAUCCAUCCCCAUGGCCGGCCGAUCCAAAGACGUACGGUGAAGCGGGUCGGGGUUCUGAGGGAUUGUUUUUGUCCUGGCGAAAGAACUGGGAGUUGAUGCUCUGGCGGGGUGUAGCGUGCAGGAACGGGUCUGUUAUAGAUCCGCGACGCUGAUUCUGGAGAAACUCGAGGGGAGCCAGGCUGGCCUCGUCCGAUCCCUGGCUCACAGGGGGUCGCAGUGGUGCGACUGAGGAAUGCCUUGAGGAGGGUUUAUUGGCCAGGCCGUGGUGUGACUGCUUGAGGGAGCCCGUGGCCAUGGAUAAAGGUUGAACGGGACGUUCCCGGCGGCGUCCAAUGAAGUAGUGGGAACAGAAGCGAGAAUGACGGCAGUUGGACAGCAAGAAGAUCUAUGCAACACGAGAGAUCUCAGAAUCCCGCGUACACAGGGAAACUAACGUUGGUAACUCUACUAACACGAUACAACGCCAAAAUCAAAAUCAAGACACGUGUAAGAGCCCAAAUAGGAUUGAUUAAUUGCAAGCUUCGAGCGCUGUCGCAUGCAGCAGAUGCCGCUGCGGCUCAUCGAGCUCCAAGUUGCGAUAAAAUCGUCGUGUACUGUUUCGCGUGCCUCUCCCGACGACGGGGAGACUGGCCUGGGCCUCGGCCUGCAUGUCCUCCCCGGCAACGAUGUGUCGGGCCCAGGGUAUGUAAUCCAAGUGGACCGUAGGGCGGGCCAUGACUCCAAUUGCCAACGUCUUGUCAUUCGCCCAGUCACGGACCAGCCGCAGAUAAUCGGAGCACGGCGACGGGUCCGCAGCCCACCCAAUUCCAUGUGUCACAUCCAGAAGAGUAUCCCUGAUCCGUUCAUCCCAGUUGUAAGACCCGAAACCAUCCGAUAGCGCAUCUACAAGCAGUGAAUGACCUGUCUCUUCAUCCCCAGAUGACUGUAAUUCGGCCGAGGCCAGCGCCUGAGCCAUACUUUCAGUUCUGCAUUCUCAGGACUGAUAGGCUGACCCACCGUUGGACACUGUGCAUCACGUCGCGUGUUGUAAGCAUCCACGAAUGACAGAAGAUCGACGGCAUGCUGGACAGAAGAUCGGGUCCCACUGCCCCGCCCAUGUCGAGAAAAAGGGAAAACUUGACAUUGCAUCUGAAGCUGGUGGAUUGCAUGUCGAAGAUCCAGUCCGCCUUCAAUGUAGAAUUUUAUGAGCCAGUCUCGUUGCAAGACGACGCCCUGGGCACAGCAUAGUGCUUGCAGAUAGCUGCCGGCAACAUCUGGAGGACACGGGUGGAAUUCGAGAAUUCUUUGUAACGGAAAGACACGACUCACCAUUACAUGUACAGACCACUGGUCUGCGGGAUUCCCUGAUGAGCCGCACCACGCAGGAUGAGUGAUUGGCGCGGAGUAUUUUGUCCCAGGCCUGCGGCAUCAGGAUCGCCGGUACGAGUCUCGUGGUCUGCUCGACGAACAAGGUGGUUCUUGCCAACGUCCCCGAUCAGGGCCUCGAGACUAGCACCGUUCCUUUUCCCGAUACCCGGAUACACCUCGAAGACGUCCCAUCCUAGUUCAUCCGCGCAUGCGAACACGGCAGCGGUUUUGCCGCAGCCAGGUGGUCCCGUAAUCAGUAUGGUGUUGCCCAUGAGAUCACUCUUGGAACCAGCGCCGAACACUGCAUCGGACGUGGGGAUGAAGUCAUCGUCGUCUGCCCCUGCUGGCUCAGGUUCCCAGGCGUAGUCGCUAGCAUCGCUAACAACGAAGCCAUUAUCGUCCGGAGUCAAUCUUCGCUUUUUGCGAGGCCGGGAGACAGUUCGGAUGAUUUGUGGACGUUUAGCGCGUGGACCGUCUUCUUUUUUCUGGUGUUCCGACCGGACUUCGAGUGCUUGCAGCCAAUUUCUCAGAUACCUGGCCUCGUCCUCGUUGCCCAAUACAUCGUCAGCGACCAGUGGCCGCCAGACGUCACUCCACAGCCGGUCUGCCCCAGCGAGACCCUCACGGUAACCGCAGGUUCGUUGGAUAACAGGAUGCUCGGUUUGGUGGACAGAUGGAAUGCUUUCUAGAAUUUUCUUCUCCGAGAAUGCAAUAUCUGUUUCCGAAGGUGGAGGCGUAUGCCAUUCACGGUCGUCAACCUCUCUCGAAAGAGAAAUCGGCGUUAUCGGGUAGGGAUCACAGAUUUUCGGCGUCCCGCGCAGAUCUGCUGCAGUGGUAACGAAGUGAGACUGAUGUCCUCUCACAUGCUGGUUUUCUUUGUUGGGGGCUGGUGUGAUCAUUUCGGCCUUUGCAAGGAAUGGUCGACGAUGAGAAUCGGUCGUUGAUUUCCGGAGAGACCCUGAGCUCGGUUUGGUCGGAGCCAAAGCAGGCAACGCCUCCGAAGCCGUUGCAGUUUUCCGUCGAGGAGCGAAGAUGUCAUGAUUUGGCCUUGACACCCUCAAAGGAUCAGGCGUCGUGAGAUCUAUGAUAAAAGAGUCGGUUCUGAUGCUUUCGCUGACACGCGUUCUAGGAGGCGUGGAUGCUGCAGAGGCAGUAUGUCUGGUUUCUGCAGGUAGGGAGGGGAUUUCUUGCUCUUCUGUGUCUGUAACAUCGAGUAUUUCGAUGGGACUGGACGACUCGGGAGGAACUAGGUCGACAACAUUGGCAGUCUCGAUGGCGGACAAUUCAACUUGGAGAAUGGUAGAACCACAGAGGAGGUAAGGUAGAGCAUGAACGCACUUCGACCUCUGGUCUCUUGUCUCGAAUCUGGUACAGCGCGUUGAGCCUCAUCUUUCGAGCUUCCGUCGUGUUCGACACAUGGCAUUGUUUGAAAUACGGAGGACGCAGGACGUUUAAUAAAGUGGUCUAAUAAGGAUUGCUGACUUGGUUUAGCAUUUGACGCGUAAAGCACAUCCACACGGGGGCGCGACUUCUGACCUGCUUGCUUUGCUUGGGAUUUAUUCCUGCUUUCUUUCUGGGAGGCAUAGUGGGCGAGGAGGUUUCUCGCCACUGUGAAACACUUUGAUAGGAUCCCAAGUCGUAGAUUCCCGAGGCAGCGCACUAUAGGACAGGCAGGGAAGAGGUCAAUUCGACCAGUGGUCGUGACAAUGACAGACGCACCAAGUAUCACGUGCUGAUGUCGGCACGCAGCCGUGAUCCACUGGGAAUUGCCAAGAGUCGCUAGUCUCGAGUAGUCUCGAGUCCGGACAUCCUGAACGUUACCUCUUCACCAGAGUGACGAUCUGAGCGAUCUGUGUCUUUCUCUCCCUCAAUCAAACAAGGGAGGGCCAUCCGAUGCAGAUAUCGACGACUUGGUCUUCCUCGAGAAAAGCCGAGUCCUUCUGACCCGCUUGCACCGCGUCUUUUAUACCUCUCACGUACAAAUCAGCUGCGGAGGAAUCUACGCCGAAUCUCCAAAUGCAUCCAUCGACUCGAAUCCCUAUUCUCACACGUCCGGAAAUAGAUGGCAGAACCUCACCCUGUCGAUUGGACUCAAGUCUCGGGUUCAUGGGCUCUGUAUAGAUUUCUCGUCACUUCGGCUGCCUCGCUAGCUAGCGACAUGACGACGAGCCCUGGGCAGUGCUUUGUCCUCGGUCGCGCACGGCGAGGUCCGACAAGUGAUGUGCUGGCAGGAGCUGGAACAGGCAUACAUCCACCCCUUGAUCGCACUGCAUUCCAUCUGCUUUGGCAUCAGGAAUCAGUCAUCAGGUGCGCAGACGAUUGCAGUCUGAUGAGCAGAAGGUAGCGAGCAGUCGGGACGAGAAGCCAGCUUUGGUCUUCUUCUCCUGCGCUGUGAUUCGAUCUGAUUUGAGGCUGGAAGUCGGGAGUCGGGAGACGACGUACGCUGCCCGGCGCAGACAGCUGCUGAUGACUGCUCCUGGACAGAUAUCUCUGUCGACAAGCUGUUUCAAGGACCGAUCUGUUUACCGUCUCGGUCGGACAGCGGGGUCGUGCGGGUGCACUCGAUGGACUUGGAUGCCGCCAAUUGUCCUCAGAGGCCGCCAUGUCCCGAGUACGGGUGUCAGAUAUGCUUUCAAUUACCUCCAUAAAUUGAAACAUCUGGGAGUAAUUAGACGUUGCAUCCCCUGUAUACCACGCUGGGCGAGCUAGAAAUCGAUUUUCCGAGGUUUUUAAUGAACGGGAACAAACUGACAUAUGCAAUGGUUGUACCGUUUUGGAAAUGCCAUCGUGGGAGGAGUACAUAAAGGCCGUUGCCAUAGAAAAAGCCCCAUCUUUCGGAUUCCAAGCCAUCGCUGUCACUUGCGGCAGCAAUAAGUAGCGCCCUGCGAGUGUAUAGUCGCUCGUGCUGGUCCCCAUCGCUGCCGUCUACAUUAUCCUGUCUUUAUUUCCCGUGGCCGGCCCACUUUCGCUCCUCUUUUCUUCACCAUGAUGGCUCUGCAAAUGUCCAACAACAUGGCGCUCGACUUCUUACCCUCCCACUCUCGGUCAAAUUCGGUUAGCUCGUCGUCCACCCACUCGUCCAACUCGCGUCCCCAGUCCUCCAGUGGACUUCACAUGUCGGGAAUGGGGCCAACUCAGGAGGAUCUGUAUCGGGUGUCGUAUCAGCUUGGUCAUCCUAGUGGCGGUCUCGGUGAUCACCUCGCGCAGUCGCCUCCGAACCACAAUAUCACUAAUCCCGCCCUCAAAAAUCAUCUUCGACCCAGCCACAUACGCGCGCGCGCUGCCGCGUCCCCCUAUCCUCGCGAUACCGACUCGGUGCAUUCAUCCUCCAGUGAGACGGACGACCUUUCCAUGUAUCUCGGAAACCACUCCGCUGCCACGGAGUAUCACCCCAUGUACGCUGCCCCGCAGUCCAUCACGCCCAAUCAUCAGGAAACAAUGCACACGGCCGGUGCCUUUGGCCGUAUGACCAUCUCCCCGGAUCAUGCACUAGAAAAGCUAGCCGCGAAUGUUCGUGCGGCAACAACGACUAGUGCUUCGGAUAGGGCAAAACAGAUCUUCGUUCAAGCAUGGUUAACAGCCAACUAUGCUCCCUAUCCGGACGGCAAUGUACCUCGACAAGGCCUGUACUUUUCGUAUCGACGUGUAUGUGACCAGUAUGGGAUCCCGCAUAUCAAUACGGCGACAUUGGGAAAGGCCAUCAGGCUGUGUUUUCCCACUAUCAAAACACGGCGGCUCGGAGUGCGAGGCAACAGCAAAUACCAUUAUUGUGGGAUCCGGCCUGCGACGUCGGCGGAAGCAGAAUGGCUUCAGGACUAUAUUCACAAGUCCAACAACAAUGCUGCUCAGGCCUCGGUCAACGCUGUGCGGCCUAACGACCAGUCGGAGGGUGGGGCGAGUCGGGCCGAAGAUCGCUCGGACGAAGACGAUGACGAAGAUUCGGAAGGUAUCAGCUCAGCCGUCGGCUCGAAGCGCAACUCAUUGUCAUUGGGCCCUGAUGUUAAAGGAGCCGUCUUCGCUCAAGAUCUUAGUGACAAGACGCCGACAGCCGCGACGUUAUUGUCUCAGGCCCAAGCCGCCCAGCGCCCGGGAACGUUUCCGCAUCAGGCCUCGAUCCGCAGGCAUCCCACGCAGGAUGGGCCGCUUGGGGUGCAAUCCCACUCACCUCCGGCAGGCAAUAUGGUGCCGUACAUGGGGACGCAGCAGCCCGCAUCGGUCCGCCAAUUACCUCAUUUCCCAUCGAUCGAAGAGGCGGUUGGUGUGAAUCCGACUACUCCACACGGGAUUGCCGCACGCGACGUCUGGGGCUGGUUUCAGGACCAUCUUGAUCUGCUGUUGGAGAGUGUGCGGUCAUACCGCUUCGAUCAAUUCGAGAUGCAUCUGCGGACGUUUUGGUCCAAUUUGGGCGGGAAUCACCGCGAAGUCGUGCACGCCCCGGCAAUUGCAGGUUUGAUGGCCAAGGCGGAUGCGAUUGUAUACGAUGAAAUUCUCGAGUUUCUUCGCUCGCAGAUGUUGUCUCCGAUCACACCAGCAGCUCUCGCCAAUCUUCGCCAGCUUGCCAACAAAAUGGAAAAGAUCCUACUGGUGGCGCUCGAAAACUACGGGAACACAUUCGUCGAGCCCAAAGUAGAAUUGGGAGCUCGCUUUGGACAUCUUGUCCUGCGUUUCCUGGAUAUCUACCAGGUCACUCAAGCUCUGACGACCGUGCUGACGAACCAGAAGCAGCUGGGUGAGAUGCGGCGCUCGUGGCAGAAAGUGGACUUUGAGUCUGUGCGCAACCAGUCUGCAUUGGUGUGCAAUUGCCGUCACGAGGAGCUGGUGCAACUUCUGGAGGUCGAGUUUGUAUCGUUGUUGGACGGAUUGGCGAAGAGCACCGAGCCUGUGCGAGAGGUGAUGUCGUGGGCAGACAAGUGCUGUGAACGUUUGAUGGGCAGCAGCCGGGCUACUCAUGGUGGGCCAGAGGAGCGGAGCACGAUGAGCUCGCGCAGCGUGCUUAUUCGUUGGGGAUAUGUCACAAGUCAGGUGAUGAGAGACCUCACCAUUCGCAGCGACCCGGCUUUCGGGGCAUUUCAGAUCAUGAAGCUGUUUCUCGACGACUGGAUUGCAGUAAACGUGUUGAGAAGUGUUGCGUUGUCGACAAACUCAGUUGCUGCGUCUGUCGAACCAGUGAUGCAGCAACAGUUCUUUACCCUGUCCCCGAUGGCCGGGCAGGAGACAUUUGGCUCGUUGGAAGUGCGGCCCUCGCAUAUGAUGGCCCACACGCCAACUACAUCGAGCAUGCUCGCAGCCCUGCAGAACGAUCCAUUCCCUCAAGGAUCUCUUGAUCCUAGUUCGACAGGAUUCAGCUCAGAUUAUGGGGCCCUGUCUUAUAUGGACACAUCCCCGACACAGGACGAUUCGUUGCCGGCAGUGCACAACUCGUCCAUGUCGUUCGGGGAUUUCUCGAAUCCCGCCAAUUCUUUUGAUGUGUCUGGAUUCUCGUCGGAGCUGGCCCUGCAUUCCUCGACACCAGGCAGCGAGUCCGAAAACGAUGUAGAGCCUGUCAAGGCUGAGCCACAACCGACUGCUUAAAGUUUGAUCUUGCUGUCCGCUGUUCUUGUUUUCUGUCGAUAUUUGAUCUGUACUAUUCUUUAUCCCACAAGCUCCUACGCUCCUUAAUACUGUACAGGGAUCCCUGCGCGGAUUUGUUAUCAAUAUAUAUGGGACUUUUACUUCGGCAGAUAAUAUUAAGACUCCGUGCUAUGUAACAACCUAUCAAGACUCGACCGCGUCAGCGACCUGCUCGCUCGACACUUCAGGCGUCGCUGGAGAUGCAUCGCCAUUCGCCUUGUCCUCCUCUGCCGAAGCCUCCUUCGCAGCGAGACUCUUGAUCUCCUUCUCUGCUUUGGCGAUGUUCUCGGCGGUGACCCGGCUCUGGUUCGCUGCGAACCACUCCUUCUUGGUCUUCAAGUCCUCAAUUACGCGGGGAAGAUCAACGUUGGACGCAGGCGCCGGGAUUGACAGCGACAGCAGAGCAGACAGUGUCGCAAGCGGGAUGUUCAGAGCGCUUGAUGACGAAGCAGGCGUCUCUACUUCCUUGGCCGGAGCCUUCUUGCCUUUGCCCUUGCCUUUGGCGACAAAAUAGGACUGCUCCUCCUCACCCUUCUUCUUCCGCACAACAAGACCGUCGGUGGCGGCUUCGACUUUACGGAGUUCCAAUUUCGGCACACCGGCAACGUCCGUCUUCGCAACAAGCGGCGGAGCGGUUUUAAGCACCACUGCGCCAGUGGUUUUGCCCGAGAAGAAAUCAAUCAGGGUUUGGCAGUCCUCGAUCUCAGCCUGGAAAGCAGGGUGCUCGGCCUCCUCGCGGAUCCUCUCGGCCCGUUCCUGCUUCUUGGCAAGCUCCUCGGCAGCACGCUGGGCCCGUGCCCGCUCGGCCCUCCUGGCCCUGUCCUCGUUGACCUUGGUCCAGUAGUGGUCGUUACGCUCACGGAAACGCGCGGACGACUCCCGUUUCUCGUCCCAGAGGGUGUUGAUUUCCGCCUGCAGCUUGUCUCGCUCCUCGAAAAGCUUGGCCCGACCAGCAUACAGCUCGUCACCCUCUUUCUUCAGCUCAUCGAGUUCGGCUUUGAUCGCGUCAUAACGCUCGGAUGCAGCCUUGGCAACAGGGUCAUCGAGCUGCUUGCGCAAUUCAUCAAGGGUGGCCCGGUCCUUGUCGAUGGCUUCUUGCUCGGUCUGGAAUGCCUCCACGUUGCGCCGGUUGCGCUUCUGCACAGUGAUCUCGGCGAGGGCUCGUUUUUCCUCGGCAAGUUUCAUACUACCGCUCUCG